AUGAAUGAUAUUGCUGAGAGAUUAGUCAGAAAAUAAACAAAAAAUGAAGCAGAUCUAGAUUAUUUAAUGUUUUAGUUAGAAAAAGUGGAAUUGUUUAAAAAUAUGUUUCAAUAUAGUUCCAUGAAAAUGAGUAAAGAUUUUUUAGAGAGUUUAGAAGCAGUGCGCAUACCUAAAGCACAGGUUAUAUUUACAGAGAAUUAAGAAAUAGAUGGUUAUAGCUAUUUAGUUCUUAAGGGUUAGAUAAUUAUUCUUUCAAAAUAAGGCGAUAAACUUAAUAGAAAAGAAUACUUUGAUUCUCUUAUUCGCCAAUUUAAAAUAAAUAAUCCAUAAAGAUAAAAAUAAAAUUAAUUUGUUGAGAAGAGCAUUUAAGGAGAAAACAAUUUUUCUAACUAUCAAAAAACUUAAAAUCCUCUAAUGACUUAAUCAGCAGUAAUAUAAGAUUAGGAUACAUAGAUGAAUCUAAUGCAUACUCUUUAAGUAAAAAAUAAUUAAUUUGAAUAAACUGCUAAAAGUAAUACCACAUCUAACAGUAGUAUCUAAAAAAGUAAAGUAGAAGAAAUAAAUAAUGCAAAUAUUUCUUAAUGCCCAAAUAAAUAAAUAUUCAAAAAAUAAAAUCAAACAAAUAUUACUUCUGAAUAAGAUCUACAAAAUAAAAAUAUUGAUCAUGCUCAAUUAUAUAUUUAGUCUAUUACAGAAUAAACAAAGAGAGAGUUAAUGUCUUAUGGCCAUUAAUUUGGCAAGUAUUAAGGUUUAGUUUAUGAAGGAAAUCUUUUUGGAGAAGAAUCAAUUUAAAAUUUUUCAAUAAAAAAAAAGAAGUUUUACUCCUAUACUGCAAUUGCUGGUUGUGAUUGUAUUAUUGCUCUAGUGAAUACUCAACUUGUGAGUCACAUAUUAAAAAAAAUAGAUCAAAAAUUCAAUAUAAGAGUACAGAAAAUUUAAAAUGGUGUAAGUAUUUAAGGAGUUAAUUUUAAAAUAUAAAAAAGUGAAGCUAGUAAACAAAAGGCUAAAAUGGCAAAUUCUUUGAAUACAACUAAAAAUUAUAAUUUUUUUAAUAGUCAAAAUUAAACUCAUUCUUCUUUUGGUUCUCCAUCCCCAAUAAGACAGUCAAGAUAAUAGUUUGAACAAAUUGAUAAAGGGUAUUAGAGAAAUGAUGACUUAUAUCUGAAAAUGGUUGAUAGGAAUAAAAAAGUGAAAAAAAAUUAAAGCAGUAAUGAUUAGGCAUAGAAAAUUCAUAAAGAUUUAGGAAAAGCUUAUCCUUUAUAAAAUAUAAAGUAAAAUAAUAGCUAUUUAAGUGACAAAAGUAAUAUUAAUUAAGCUAAAAUGGUUAUAUCAAGUACGCUUUAGUAAAAGCAGUAGUUGAAUACUACUUUUUCGUUCUUAAAAUCAUAAUAAUACUUUCACGAUUUGUAGGCUUAAAGAAAUUAAUUUUAGACAAGGAUCCACCGUAGUUUAUCGCCACCUUGUUCAAGAUAAGAAUUUUAAAGAAGAUUGCAAGUAUUAAUAAUAAAUAAUGAGUAAUCAAAUUUAGAUUCUGUCAGAGCUAAUUUAUCUUAAUAAAAUAAUUUACAAGCCAAUUAGAUGGAAAGAAAAAAUAGAACACUUAGUCCUUUCAUCCCUUAAAAAUAAAAAGAUAAUUUAACUUCUAUGAAUAAUCGAGAUAAAUCUCCAUACCAAUAAUUUUAUUAGCAAACAGCAAAUGAAGCAAAAAUAAGUCCCAGAAAUAAAAACAGUAUAGUAAAAAAAGUUUAUGUUUCUAAAACAUAGAAUUAUGUUAUGAGAAACUAAAAAAGUAUUAGAGAGCUUUAUGAAAAUUAAGUUCAAUUAGAUAAAUCAAUCAGCUAUAGCAAUUUUCUUUAAAACAAUCAGAAUAAUUAGAUAUUAGACAGAAAUAAUAUCAGCAACUUAGUAGUUUCAGCUUCCUCAAUAAAAUCUAAAAAUUGA